AUGCAAUCUAAUUCGCAUCAUCGUCAACAGCUAAAAAAUAAACAACCUCACAUUUCAAAACAACCUCACCACCACCAACAACCAACACCUCUCAUUCCUGACUUCGUAUCUCAAGACGGUAGCAACGACAACAAUAAUGAUAGAAAUCCAAAUUUAUUAUUGAGAAAAAGUAAAUCAAUAAAAGUAAAUAGGGAUAAUCGUGGCGGCAAUAGAUCAAGGACAAAUAAUCUUAUUAAUAAUUCUCAUCAUCCUUCUUCUUCAGAUGGUGAUUCAAGCCCAUUAGCCACAAUAAAAUCUAAUUUAUUGAGUAAUCAAAAUUCAUCAAACGAUUCCUCUGAUUCAUCAUCUACUGACAAUUAUGAUUCUUCAGAUGAAGAACAAAAACAUGAUAAUCUCCUUAAUAAUAAUAAUAGCAAUAACGAAAUAAUGGUGGCCGAGAUUGUUUCUCCGAUGAUAAUAACAAUGGAAGAUUAUACCCCGAUCUUAAUGUUGAUUCGAUUAGAAGAAGAAAAAAAAGAGAAGAUCCCAAUCAAGCCUCGUAGCAAUGAAAAAGAUCAAGGACAUGAUAAAAUUACCUUAACGAAAGAUAAAGAACAUCAUCAAUCACAAAGACCGCAAACUACAAAAAUUCGUGACAAACCUAACGAAGAAGCAUCAAGCAUCAUCAAUGAAGAAAAAAGUCAUGAUAAAUCAAAAAUUGGAGAUGAACAUACAAGAAAAAAAUCUAAAGAACGAUCUAAAUCUAGAAAUAGAGAGAAAAAAUCUCUUAUUGAUAAUAUAUUUACGCGUCGCGAAAAGAUAAAACCCAUUGAAUCAUCAUCUACUGUAAAAGAAUCUUCAAAAACUGAAGUGAGCCAAUUCAAGGAUAUGCAGUUAACAAAUGAGACUACUGCAUUGGGCGUUCUUACUAAAUUUCGAAGUGAAAAUACAAUCACAAACGCAGAUGCAUGGACAUUAUUUGAAAUCAAUAACGAAUAUGGACUAGAACGUCCAUUCAGAGAUUGGGAAAGCGUUGCAAGAGUAAUCCAAUAUUGGGAAGUCGAGAAAUCCAAUGCAUUAGUUAUAAAGAAAUAUGCACAUAGAAAUACAUUGUCAUUAAAGGGAUUUGCUGAAUCAAGCUCUCCAACGAAACAGGGUUGGUUAAAUUUAGAAGGUAAAAAAGGUAAAUGGCAAAAAAGGUAUUUCAAUAUUAGAGAUGGUUCUAUAUAUCACAGUAAAGAUUUAAAGGGAACAAAUGAAACAUUCCUUUGUGCAUUGACAAGUUUUGAUGUGUACACAACAUUACCAAAGUUUAAUACAAAAGCUCCUACAAAAUUCAUAUUUGUCAUAAAGUCUCAGGAUAAAAUUACAAUGUUUGAAAACCCUGAAGAUGAUUAUAUGCAUGUAUUAUGUGCAAAUAAUUUGGAAGAAAUGCAAGAAUGGAUUUUACGUAUAAGAACUUCAAGGAAUUAUCUUAUGCGUGAAGAAAGUCCUGCAACGUUUUCUAGAACUACAUCAUUAUUGAGUGAAAUAACAUUUGAAUUGGCUUCUUUUUCUCUUGACACUGCCAACACUUCACAAAUACCGCCAUUGACUUCACCACAAGACACGAAUUUAUCUUCUAUUGAAGACUACAACAAAAUAUUGUCACCAUUAUCUCCAUCAUUAUUAUCAUUAUCAUCUCCAUCUGGCAUAGGAGCGAAUGAUGGAAUUAAGAAAAAAAAGUCAUUUACUAUAUUAAAAGCGGUAACAGAUGAUAUGUCAAGUCCAUUUGCUAGUGGAUCAUUGUUAGAUUAUAAUGAAAAAAACCCACCAUUGAAACAAACAGAACCUGAAAAUAAGUCGUUCUUCAAAGGAUCAUUAUUGGCCACAAGUGAUUCAUUGUUUGACCAGGCCAAAGAAAGAGAAAAGGCCCGGCGUGUAGUCGGAGGAAGUGGUUAUGUAAAAGAUGCAAUUUCUGGUACCACUUUGGUUAAUAUUGGUGAUUCUUUACAUUUCCAAAAAGGCUCUUUAUUGAGUGGUAGAAAACAUGAUAAUCCUGAGAAUACUGUCUCAUCACCAUCAACAACAAAUUUACAAGGAGGGCACCAUUAUAUUCAACUUGAAGAAAAUGUACGAUUCAACAAAGGUUCUUUACUUGCAAAAGGAAAAUAA